GCCGGGAGCUCUUCCCCAUCCCUCGCUCGCUCGCUCGCUCGCGCCUCGCUCUCAGAAGCUCCCGGUCCAGACUCACGCCGGGCGCUGUCCUUUCAGCACCACGAGCUCAGCUGCGGAGGGCAGACUCCUGGCUGGCCUCCUCCGUCAGGGAAUUGCCUUGGAUCUGCUCUGACCCCCCAGAGUGCGACGCAGUCAGGGAAGACAAGCAGAAGGAUGGUGAAGCUCAACGGUACCCCCAGCGAGAAGGCAGCCAAGCCGCCUUCGGUGGAGGAUGGCUUCCAGACUGUUCCUCUCAUCACCCCUUUGGAGGUGAAUCACUUGCAGCUGCCUGCUCCGGAAAAGGUGAUUGUGAAGACAAGGACGGAAUAUCAACCUGAGCAGAAGAACAAAGGGAAGUUCCGGGUGCCAAAAAUCGCCGAAUUUACGGUCACCAUCCUCGUCAGCCUGGCGCUGGCCUUCCUUGCCUGCAUCGUGUUCUUGGUGGUCUAUAAAGCCUUCACCUACGACCACAGCUGCCCAGAGGGCUUUGUCUACAAGCACAAGCGCUGCAUCCCGGCCUCGCUGGACGCCUACUACUCGGCGCAGGACCCCAGCUCCCGGAGCCGCUUCUACACGGUCAUCAGCCACUACAGCGUGGCCAAGCAGAGCACCGCGCGGGCCAUCGGGCCCUGGCUCUCGGCCGCCGCCGUCAUCCACGAGCCCAAGCCGCCCAAGACCCAGGGCCACUAGAGCCCGUCCCGGGGGCGGGGGCCGGGGGGCGGCGGAGAGGGCCCCACUCCGGCCGGGCGGGCUCCAGUGGCGGGCGGCACUGCCCCCGGGGCGCGGGCAGGUGCUGGCGGGCGGGCGGGCGGCGGGGGCGGGCGCGACCCGCGUGCACUGGAGUUGUCAGAACCCCUCUUUUCCCCUCUCGGUCCCCAAGUCGGGCGCGUGUACAAAGGCAUGUUUCCCGUUGAUUGUUCCCACAUAAAAUAAUCUCACCACGACGCUGCUCCACCUUCCUGAGGUACCUGGAGGAGCCCCCCAAACCCGAGCCCCCGGCCCCCCACACACAGACCCCGCCAGGGGCACCCUGGCUGCCCGGGGAGGAGGGGAAAGGGCAGCCUGUGGGCCGCAGCGGGGGGUGGGGGGUGGGGGGGGUGCAGGGGCUGGUCAGACCCCCAGAGAGGCAGGCAGGGGCUAGGGGCGCCCCGAGGGGCUCAUGGUCUCAGAGGGGGGCCCCCGCCGGGGUUGGCAGAGCAGGCUCCCGGGCCGGGGCUCCCCCCGCUGUGGCUGACCCGUGAUCAGCAGAGAUGGAGCGUGGGGGCGGGGACGGGCUUGCAGCCUCUCAGCCUGGUGUCCCCCAGCCCCUGCGGGACUGCCCAUAAUCAGGGGCCAGGCACGGGGAGCCGGGAAGGGGCAAGGGGGGCAGCAGGGAGAAAGGGAACAGGCAGGCACCCCCACGCCCCUCGGGGCCAAGAGCAGCCCCGGAUCCCUCUCUGCCCCAGCUCCUAGCUCAGCUCGUCGGAGCCCCCGCUGCCUGGACCCACCCGCCUCCCUGGAGGGCCCCGCGGGGCCUGGGGCGCACUCGGUGGCUCAGGCAAAUGGAGGGGCCCCACGUGUCUCCGCUGGUGGCUUGCUGUCACCCCAGCUGUCAGACGCUCUCCUCACCUGCUCCUCGCCCCUCCUCGCCCCUCCUGGCCAGCAAUCACCUGUAAAUUCAUUGGGCUUCCGAGGCAGAACAGCAAACGGUCUGUCCGUCCAUCUGUCCGUCCCCCUCCCCCGCCCCCUCCCCCGCCCCACCCCCUCCCCACUGCCGAGCGCUUUCGAAUUCCGUGGUUGUAACUUUCGUCAGUAGGUAGCUGAGACUGAGUCUCUCUCGGUGUGAUUCUUGAACUUCUCGGGCAGGGCACCAAUAAAGAUAGACGUGUCUGAGA